UUGCAAGUGUUCUUUAGAUCUUGUACACUCUUCUAGCGGUAGCAACAAUGGCGCCCUCGAAGAACAUACUCCCCUUCCUCCUCCUCUUCCUCCUCCUCUCUCUCUCCACCAUUUUCCUCUUCUCUCUCUCCCCAUCCAGUCCCAGGUCCCAAAUCCUUCCUCAAUUCCCCACAAUUUCAACCUCAAAUCCUGGACCAAAUUUCACUCUUCUCAUCAAAGUCCUCACAUUCAACCGUCUCUCCUCUCUCUCCCGCUGCCUCAAAUCUCUAGCCAAAGCGCAGUAUGAUGGCAUUAACAAAGUGCAUCUUCAUGUAUAUAUUGAUCAUUUCGUGCAAGAUUCGAAUUAUGGGUCUGCGGAUUUGGACCAAAGAUUGAAUCUAUCGAAGGAGAUUCUUGACUUUGUUGAUGGGUUUGAGUGGAAAUUUGGUGAAAAGUUUGUGCAUUAUCGAACUUCAAAUGCUGGGCUUCAGGCUCAGUGGCUUGAGGCCUGGUGGCCCAGUUCGGAUCAUGAGUUUGCGUUUAUUGUUGAAGACGAUCUGGAGGUUUCACCUCUUUAUUAUAGGUUUCUUAAGUCUAUGAUAUUGAAUUACUACUAUAAUGCUUCAAAUUUUAGCCCUAUGAUUUAUGGGGCAUCGCUGCAGCGGCCGAGGUUCGUCCCAGGUAAACACGGAAACAAGAUGCAUUUAGAUAGUGAAACUCACCUUUUCUUGUAUCAGCUGGUUGGCACUUGGGGCCAGCUUCUGUUUCCAAAACACUGGAAAGAGUUCCGUCUCUGGUACGAUAUACACAAAGCAAAAGGCAUGAAGCCAUACCUCGAGGGGAUGGUGACAAAUGGAUGGUACAAAAAGAUGGGAGAGAGAAUUUGGACUCCUUGGUUUAUUAAAUUUAUCCAUUCUCAUGGGUAUUUCAACUUUUAUACCAAUUUCUUGCAAGAGAGAGCACUCAGCGUCUCUCAUAGAGAUGCUGGUGUUAAUUAUGGGAAAACAGCAGGACCCGAUUCUUACUUACUGGAUGAAAAUUCUAAUGAUCUAAACUCUCUGAAACUACAUCCUUUAAGUGAUCUCAAGUGGUAUGACUUCUGCUUCAGAGAAGUAUUUACUAAUAGGAUAGUGAGAAGUCCUGACGAGCUUAGAUCCAUUCUUCAAUCUGUGCAGAAAAUGGACACCGUUAUAGUAAUAAGCCUGUACAGGAUAUCAGAGACAAUUAUCUGGAAUUUUCUCUGCCACAUUGAGAGGCUGAAUAUUAGAAACUAUAUCUUUAUCGGUCCAACUUCACUUUUCCUACUUGAUCUUGCAAAAAGAGGGCAUCCUGUAAUUGAUGCAGACCAGUUUUACAAUAUUUCCAAACUUGCCAAGUCUUUGAAGUUCCAAAAUUCAAUGGACAAACUUAUCAAGGAGAUUCUUGUGAAGGCAUUUGUGACUAAAAAAUGCUUGGAACUUGGUUAUAGCGCCUGGCUGCUUGAUGCCAACAUGAUUCCCCUUACAAGAGAUUUAUUUCUCAAUUCCUUCGAGCAGACAAAUGAUUUUGUUAUUGGGAAGAGUUAUCGACUUCUUUAUGUCAGGAGCUCAUCACCUGUUUUAAAACUUUGGGUCGAUGAUUUUAUACGUGAAGCUGCGACAUUGGUGAACACAUUGAGAAAAGAUUCAGUUCCUCAUGACAGCGUAUUUUUUUAUGCAGUGGAAAAAUUAUGGAGAGAAAAGAGCGUCAAAUAUAACAGCAUAAACGAGACACACUUAGGCAUUGGUAUCAACAUUGCUGUUGCUAACCAAAGUUCUCUAGGGACUGAAAAGAAAUUUGCUUUCUGGUCUUCUGAGACCAAACUGGAUAUAAUACAAAGGCAGCUAGUACAAUUGAGAUUGUGGGUUGUGGAUGAUGAAUCUUCUUGCACUGCUGUUGUUUGUCACUCGUCAUAACUUUUUGUGAUAUACUAUUCUUUUUCACUUAAUAUUGGACCAGUAUGGCCUGGGUGUGGAAGGGUGAUUUUUUACCGAAAUGGUCUGCUCGGACAUGCACAAAAAUGUUGGUAAAGGGAACUCAAUUGAACUUGUCUGUUGGGUAAUUUGCAUGUUUCUGAAUCUUGUCUUCUUUGAUAGUGAAAGCAACCUACUUGGUGGAUGGCUGUGGCCAGUGGUGUAAAAUAACAUCCUGAAACAUCGUAGGUUUUUGGUGUUGCUAAGCUGGUACGAAAAAAAUUUCUUAUUGGUGCAAAUGAUCUAUCCUUGUUACAGGAGUUUUGAGCAGUUGAAGCCUAUUAAGAAAAAUUGGCGCAACGGUGAGGUUAGUGAAUUCCUAACAGAUAUUAUAUUCUGGGCAAGUUUGUAUCCCAUAAUAGCAUGUGGGACAGUUCGAACUCUACAGUUCUUAAAGGCCCGUUUGGACGUAGUGUUAGUUAAUACUAGACAAUGGCUUCUAUUUCUGUACGAAGAAUGCUGUUUACAAUGCUAACAGAUUGAAAUUGGGUGACAAGUACUUGAAUUUUUAUUUUACUUUUAUAAUCAAAAUGCAAUCGCAUCGAUAUAUUCA